AUGGAUCCUGUACCUCCUCCGCCGACAGAUGAAGCCCUUCCACCUCCGCCACCUACACGCCAGAAAAAAGGUUGGGGAUCGGCAGGUGCUGCGAAGAAGACGGUCACCCCUCUGAACGUCGAGGAGCUCGUAAAGGCAAAACGAGCCGCUGAUCUGGCUGCGAGUAAACCCAAGUUCUUGUCUAAGGCGGAAAGAGAGAGAAUAGCCCUUGAAAAGCGUGCGAAGGAGGUAGAGGCACAAAAGAAACCGCUCGAUCGACCGACUCAAGAAAACGGAACGCUCAAGGCGAAGCCGCAGAUCAAUGGCUAUACCAAUGGCUCAGUGCCUAAAGGGCCGCGCGCUGAGCGUGAAAUGUACAAGGCACCAACAGGGCCAUCGGCCAUGAGAAAUAAGCACAAACGCGAUCUGAGUCCACCAUCUGCGCCAAAGCCAGUUGCGUUUGGUGCCUCUGAUUCGAAGAAGAAACCCAACGAUGAGGAAAGCUUCGCGAAGGAGCAAGCAGAGCAACUGAAACAACGUUAUAUGGGUCCUGAGCACAACAUCUCGACUUUCUCUGCAAGCAAGAAACGUAAGCGCACUACGGACAAGAAGUUCAAUUUUGGUUGGGAUGUCGAUGAGGACACUUCCGCUACCCACGACACCUGGCUUAACAGUACCACGGCCUCUUCGUUCUACGGACGUGGCCGUCUAGGUGGGUUCGAUGACGCGAUUACCGAGGAGAAUGCGAAAGCCUACGCCGCGGCUCUUGAGGCACGUGACAAGGAAAGCGGUGCUGCACGAGCCAAAGAGUUUCUCGAGAUGGAGCGCAGGCGCCGUGAGCAGGGCAGCAGAACGGCCAUUGACAAGCACUGGUCAGAGAAAUCUUUGACCCAGAUGCGUGAGCGCGAUUGGCGUAUCUUCAAAGAGGACUUCAACAUAGCCACAAAAGGUGGUGGCGUGCCCAAUCCAAUGCGCAGCUGGGAAGAGAGUCCGCUCCCCCGCCGCCUUCUCGACAUCGUUGCGCAAGUCGGCUACAAAGAGCCAUCCCCCAUCCAACGCGCUGCUAUUCCCAUUGCCAUGCAAAAUCGAGACCUCAUCGGUGUGGCUGUCACAGGUUCUGGUAAGACGGCUGCGUUCCUUCUACCGCUGCUUGUCUAUAUUGCUGAGCUCCCUCGCCUCGACGAGUCCGAGUGGCGCCGCUCCAAUGGACCCUACUCGAUCAUUCUCGCUCCCACUCGUGAACUCGCGCAGCAGAUCGAGCUGGAAGCCCGCAAGUUCGCAUCCCCGCUAGGCUUUACCGUCGUGUCUAUAGUCGGAGGUCACAGCAUCGAGGAACAAGCCUACAAUCUACGAAACGGCGCCGAGAUCAUCAUCGCCACACCAGGUCGUUUAGUCGAUUGUAUCGAGCGACGUAUCAUCGUGCUCGAACAAUGCUGCUACGUCAUCAUGGACGAAGCAGACCGCAUGAUCGAUCUAGGCUUCGAAGAGCCCGUCAACAAAAUCCUGGAUGCAUUGCCAGUCGGCAACGAGAAGCCCGACACCGAAGACGCAGAGAACGCGCGCGCCAUGUCCGCCCACCUCGGCGACAAAGAGCGCUACCGGCAGACGAUGAUGUACACGGCCACCAUGCCCGCAGCGGUCGAGCGCAUCGCACGCAAAUACCUUCGCCGGCCCGCCAUCGUGACGAUCGGCAACGUAGGCGAAGCCGUCGACACAGUCGAGCAGCGCGUCGAGUUCGUAGCCGGUGAAGACAAGCGCAAGAAGCGCCUCGCGGAGAUUCUGCGCACGGGCGGCUUCAAACCCCCCAUCAUCGUCUUCGUCAACAUCAAGCGCAACUGCGACGCCGUCGCCCGCGACGUCAAGCACAUGGGCUUCAACGCCGUCACGCUGCACGGCUCCAAGACGCAGGAGCAGCGCGAGGCUGCACUGCUGGCGCUGCGCGAGGGCCGCGCCGAUGUCUUAGUGGCUACCGACCUGGCGGGUCGUGGUAUCGAUGUGCCUGACGUGAGUUUGGUGGUGAAUUUCAACAUGGCGGGCAAUAUCGAGAGCUACACGCAUCGCGUGGGACGGACGGGUAGAGCGGGCAAGAGCGGUGUGGCCAUCACGUUCUUGGGCCAGGAGGACGCGGAUGUCAUGUAUGACCUGAAGCAGAUGCUGACCAAGAGCGAGAUUAGUCGCGUGCCGGAGGAGCUGAGGAGGCAUGAGGCCGCGCAGCAGAAGAGGGGGGGCGGCAUGGCGGGGAAGGCGAAGGGGGCGGGGGAUGCUAGUGGUGGGUGGUAG